AUGGCAAACGAAACAAAAGAAACAAUAGAAGAAAUGAUUGAUAAUAUCAAUGUUAAAAAAUAUAUAAGGCCAGCCGAAGGAAAUUUGGGGACCAAAAAAUUGAAGAAAAUAAAAAAAAAAGGGUUGAGGAGCACGUUAGAGCGUGUAGAAAAGAGGUCAGAAGAUGCGGCUAGAAAGGCAGCAAAUUAUGAAAUUUUGUUAGUUGAGGAACCUGGAUAUUUGGAGGCCGAAGGUAUAGAGAAGACGUUUAAUAUAACGCAAAAAAAAUUAAAAGAAAAUUUGGAGGAUGAAGUUACUUCUUUAAAGACAUUUGGAGCAUAUUCAUUAGAUUAUACACGAAAUGGAAGAAAUAUGGUCAUAGGAGGACGUAAAGGUCAUUUGGCAACCUUCGAUUGGCAAUCAAAUAAAAAAGGAUGCGAGAUAUAUGUUAAAGAGGCUGUUCGAGAUGUUAAAUGGCUACAUAAUGAGCUCUUCUUUGCAGCAGCGCAAAAGAAAUAUGUAUUUAUAUAUGAUCAGAAUGGACUUGAAGUACAUAAACUUAAAAAUCAUAUUGAAGGUAAUGCUGGUUGGUUGAAAUAUCAGGAUACUUCUACUGGGAAAUUAGUGACAGAAUUGAGAACUAAAUUAGGUCAAUGUGAUGUGAUGGCUCAGAAUCCAUGGAAUGCCAUAAUACAUUUAGGACAUACAAAUGUUUCAUUAUGGUCUCCAAACAUGUCAACACCUCUAGUAAAAAUGUUAACUCAUCGAGGACCAGUAAAAGCUCUUGCAGUAGAUCACACGGGAACAUAUAUGGCAUCAGCCGGUUUAGAUGGUCGAUUAAAAUUAUGGGAUGUUCGAACUUAUAAAUGUUUACAAGAUUAUUAUACUCGAACAUCCGUCUCUUCGUUAUCAAUAUCACAAUUGGGUCUUUUAGGAGUCGGAUGGGGACCUCAUGUUACUGUAUGGAAAGAUGCUUUUAAAACAAAACAAAAAUCACCGUAUAUGAAUCAUUUACAAGCGGGAACUCAAAUACAAGAUAUUAAUUUUUGUCCUUAUGAAGAUGUUCUUGGGAUUGGUCAUUCGGAUGGUAUUUCAAGUAUAUUAAUACCAGAAGCAAAUCCAUUUCAAACCAAAAAACAAAGGCAGGAAUCUGAAGUGCAUAGUCUUUUAGAUAAGAUUCAACCCGAAAUGAUUACAUUGGAUCCUACAUUUGUUGGUAAAGUCGAUAGAGCUUCAAGAGAGAUGUUAGCUAAAGAGAGAAAAGAAGAGGAGGAAGGACUCAAAAAUGGUUCUAAAAAGCAGGAAUCACAUGACAAUAAACCUUCUACGGCGUUAGACCGAUUUACCAAUAAAAAUCGAAAGAUAUAUUAA